UGCUCCCAGUGCCAGUUUUCAUUUUCACCUUGACUUGAGAGAAGGGUUCCGAAACGAUUGAACAAGAUUUUUUUUCGCAACUUGUUUGUCUCUGUUUAGAUUAUGCGACAAUCAUUUAGUUCGUACACCGAGAGCUCCUCCGAGGAGGACGAUCUCUCGCCGCGGGACAAGGUGCAGCAGAACUCCAAGGGGUUUGCCGAUUUCUGCGUCCGGAACAUCAAGCAGCACUCGUUCGGUCGGCAUGAGAUCGAGAUCGCCGAACAGGAAAUGCCCGGCAUCAUGGCCCUGCGGAAGCAGGCCCUCGAGGACAAACCGCUGAAGGGGGCCAACAUUGUCGGCUGUACACACAUCAACGCCCAAACGGCCGUCCUGAUUGAGACGCUCAUCAACCUGGGUGCCAACGUGAGGUGGGCCGCCUGCAAUAUCUACUCGACGCAGAAUGAAGUGGCCGCUGCCCUGGCGGAGAGUGGGGUACCGAUCUUUGCCUGGCGAGGUGAGAUUGAGGAGGAUUUCUGGUGGUGCAUUGAUAAGUGUGUCCACGCGGAAAACUGGCAACCGAAUAUGAUUCUUGAUGACGGUGGGGAUGCUACGCAUCUGAUGCUUAAAAAGUACCCGGUCAUGUUCAAGAUGAUCAAGGGGAUUGUGGACGAAAGCGUGACCGGGGUUCACCGUUUGUAUCAGUUGUCAAAGACAGGAAAGUUGACGGUACCGGCCAUGAAUGUCAAGGACGCCAUCACAAAAACCAAGUUCGAUAGUUUGUAUAGUUGUAAGGAGUCGGUAAUUGAUAGCUUGAAACGGGCCACGGAUAUUAUGAUUGGUGGCAAACAAGUAGUGCUAUGCGGCUAUGGUGAGGUUGGCAAAGGUUGUGCUCAAGCUCUGAAGGCGCUCGGUUGUAUUGUGUACGUAACGGAAAUUGAUCCGAUCUGCGCCCUGCAAGCUUGCAUGGAUGGCUUCCGUGUGGUCAAGCUGAAUGAGGUGAUAAGGACGGUUGACGUCGUGAUCACGUGUACCGGAAACAAAAACGUGGUGACCCGUGAGCACAUGGACAAGAUGAAGAAUGGGUGCAUCGUGUGCAACAUGGGCCAUUCCAACACGGAGAUCGACGUCAACAGUCUGCGAACCUCGGAACUGCAGUGGGAGAAGAUGCGUUCCCAGGUGGAUCACAUCAUUUGGCCUGGCCCCGAUGGGAAGCGUAUCAUCCUGCUGGCCGAGGGACGGCUGGUGAAUCUGUCUUGCUCAAGUGUAUCGUCGUUCGUUGCGUCGAUUACGGCUGCGACACAAGCGCUGGCACUAAUUGAACUGUUCAACGCACCGCCCGGACGGUAUAAGGCCGACGUAUAUCUGCUGCCGAAGAAGAUGGAUGAGUACGUGGCCAGUUUACACCUCCCCACGUUGGAUGCCCAUCUGACGGAAUUGACCGACGAUCAGGCACGCUACAUGGGCCUCAACAAGGCCGGUCCCUUCAAACCAAACUACUACAGGUAUUAGUUGUUCGUACUGCAAAAAAUAAACUAUGCAAUUGAAAAAGCAUUUUUCGGAAUAGAAAAAGAAAAAGUAUUCAUUUCCAGAGUUAGUUCGAUCGGUAUUUGUUUUUCGUUUUGAAACAAUUCGGCGUAUGUAGAAAAAAAAAGCAUAAAAACGAAAAAAUUAAACCAAAAUUAAUGUUGGUCAAGCUACUUUUGAUAAAGUAGUGCAAGGAAAAUUUUAGAAUUCUAGUUUAGUAAGAGCGUAAUGGAGAGAAAUAUUCAGCAGAAUUAUGAAAAAAGUACGAAACGAAAUUCUUCCGCUUCCACUAUUAUGCCGAGAACUAGGAAAACGAAACAAGCUGACAUUUACACUGUUAAAAACCGCAGAAUUAAAUUUACUAUAUUUAAAUCGCAGACAGAAAUAAAUCUAAGGGAAGCAGAUUCCAUUUAUCAAUGGGAUUUUCGGGCGUAGCAUUACCAACGAUGCUCUAAAUCGAUGGUCAAUUAUGGCAAUAAGUUACUGAUACGUUAUGAGCACGAUUUAAAUUACAGCCAAAUGCAAAUGCAAACACUGACGAAAGUUGUCCGUAGAUACUAUUCCACGCUUUACCACAGAUUCCGAUGAUUAGCGAAUUUCAAUAGGGCCAAACUCCACUAGAAGCACGCAUGUUAGGGAUUCCGUUUCCAGAACAUUACCGAGGCAUUUAAAUUAGUGAAAUGCAAAAGUUAGCCGCUACUCGUUUGACUGGAAUGUACCUCGCGGAAACCGAUUUACGGAUACGCGAUUCCAAGUAGGCAUUCACACACAGAAUAGCAAUCUAAAGCGGUCUGACUUUUGCACGCACGCAUUACACUCACAGCACACUUGCAACAGUAGACCUGUAUUACUAUUUUUAUUAUUAAUUAUUGAACUAUUAUUACCUAUUUUAAUAUUAUUAUUGUCAUUAAUGAACUUCAGCGGUAGUGAGUACAGAGAAAAAUUUAAAAUAUAUCCAAUUUUUAAGGCGCGGCACGUUUGAUCCUUCAUGUGUGUGGUAAUCUCACAGCAUUGGUUCUCUGUCAAGAUCACCUUCAGAACUUCUUAUAGGAUUUGUUGAAUAUUUCUUUGCCUUCAACUAGUAGACUCUUGAUCUGUUUAACAAGGUUCUUGACCACAAUCAAUCUUGUUCAUUUCGUAACCUCUUCGUGCACCUUUCACGUACUGUAAUCUAGAGAAAUUUUCAUUAACUCACUUGAAUUCUCUCUCGCGCCAAGGAAAACACGAUACAUAACUUUGAACGGUUUAUUUAAUAAAUAAACAAGCCAUAUUGAUCCCAUUCUGUUUACAAUACGGUCAAAUAUAUUUUUAAAAUGUCAGAGAUUUUUGAUCAACAUUAUUCAACUUGAACUCCAUCUGCGAACAAACAACUGAUGCAGCAAAUGAUGGGCCUUACCAACUAGCCGACAGCGGAGAGCGUUGAACCUGUUUCUUCGAGUGCACGUUUGGAAGCUUGAUGAUCCAGCGGAAAGUUGCUAUUUUGUCGACUUUUCGCUAGGAUUAAAAUGACCGCUCGUUUAGUAUAUUUAAAUCGCAGACAGAAAUAAAUCUAAGGGAAGCAGAUUCCAUUUAUCAAUGGGAUUUUCGGGCGUAGCAUUACCAACGAUGCUCUAAAUCGAUGGUCAAUUAUGGCAAUAAGUUACUGAUACGUUAUGAGCACGAUUUAUUACAGCCAAAUGCAAAUGCAAACACUGACGAAACUUUGUCCGUAGAUACUAUUCCACGCUUUACCACAGAUUCCGAUGAUUAGCGAAUUUCAAUAGGGCCAAACUCCACUAGAAGCACGCAUGUUAGGGAUUCUGUUUUCCAGAACAAUACCGAGGCAUUUAAAUUAGUGAAAUGCAAAAGUUAGCCGCUACUCGUUUGACUGGAGUGUACCUCGCGGAAACCGAUUUACGGAUACGCGAUUCCAAGUAGGCAUUCACACACAGAAUAGCAAUCUAAAGCGGUCUGACUUUUGUACGCACGCAUUACACUCACAGCACACUUGCAGCAGUAGACCUGUAUUACUAUUUUUAUUAUUAAUUAUUGAACUAUUAUUACCUAUUUUAAUAUUAUUAUUGUCAUUAAUGAACUUCAGCGGUAGUGAGUACAGAGAAAAAUUUAAAAUAUAUCCAAUUUUUAAGGCG